AUGAGGGCCUUGGGCUACCCUCGCUUAAUAUCCAUGGAGAAUUUCAGAACACCUAACUUCGCCCUGGUGGCAGAAAUCCUCAUAUGGCUUGUGAAGAGGUAUGAACCUCACAUUGAUAUUCCCACUGAGGUGGAUACAGAGUCAGACCGAGUAUUUUUCAUCAAGUCUGUGGCUCAGUUUAUGGCAACAAAGGCUCACAUCAAGUUAAACACCAAAAAUCUCUACCAAGCGGAUGGCUACGCAGUGAAGGAGAUGCUGAAGAUCACCUCCAUGCUGUACAGCGCCAUGAAAACCAAGCAGGGGGCUCUGGAGGACACAGUGGAAGAAGAAAGCAAGUUCAAGUUUGACCUUGGCUCACGGAUUUCAGACCUUAAAGCAGCCCGUCAGCUGGCGUCUGAGAUCACAUCCAAAGGAGCAUCUUUGUACGAUUUACUGGGAGAAGAGGUUGACCUGAGGGAAAAAAGAAAUGCUGCCAUCGCUCGACCGCUUGAUAUUAACGAGAUUGAAAAAGCCUUGAGAGCUGCCAUCAAGGAGGUUCUGCAAAACGUAGAAAAGAACAAAGAGAUGCUGAAUAAUAUUGUCUCAGAUGAGAACAGUCUGGAUGCCAAGAUCGUGAAGAAAAAACAAGAGCUGGAGAGGUAUCAAAAGAGGCUGCAGACCCUGAAGAGUGUCAGGCCAGCAUUCAUGGAUGAAUAUGAGAAGAUAGAGGAGGAUCUGCAGAAGCAUUAUGAGAUGUUCGUGGAGAAGUUUCGAAACCUCAGCUUCCUGGAGUCUCAACUGGAUGAAUACCACAGACUGGAACAGGAACGAUUUGAGGAAGCUGAAAACAAUCUGAGGGUAAUGCAGCACAAACUGAAGGAGGAGGAGCGAGCUCUCCUGAAAGAUUCCUUGAAAGAUGAGGACUCGGACUCUGAGGUUCCUGACGACGAAGGGUCAGACAGCGACCUUGAAGAAUCUCGGCCCUUUAGACCCCGACCCACACGGAAUGGCCUCAUGGCAGGGAGAGGAGGACACUUUAUUGGUAACAUGCAGGGUGGUGACAGUGAUGAGAGUGAAGACAGUGAGAUUGAUGUGGACGAGGAUGAUGAAGAAGGUGAGGAGGAGGAGGAAGAGGAGAGCAAGGAUUUGGAGGAUGACCGUUUGGACGGCUCUUUGUCGAAGAGCAACCGUCCUUCCAGGGGGGGUGGGAGACCCCCUCUGCUGGAGGAAAGUGAUGAUGACUUCUGAAUGAACACAUGAACCAUAGACGGUCUUUAUGAAG